AAGAGAAGGGAGAGAAGGUAGAGGAAGAAGAAGAAGAAGAAGAGGAGGAGGAGACAGCCAACACGUAUCCCAGGUGUGUCCAUCAUCAGGGCCUGAAACUGAGUGUGAAGGGGCUGAGAGGGAGACAGACAGGAGAGGAGAAGUACGGUCGGCUCAGAGAGAUCCUAGGAGACCAGUAUGUCAGGGAGGUUACCUGCGCCCCUGAAGGAGAUAGAGUGGUCCUCCACCUCUAUCACCCUAGUGUACCUAUGUGUUCCCUGUUGAAUCACCACUUCAGUCACCUGGCCACUAAAUUCCCUGAGUGCAAGUUCCUGAUGAUCCUCGCUGGGCAGUGUGUCCCCAACUACCCUGUCAGCCACCUCCCCACCCUGUUCAUCUACGACUCAGGAUGUAUCAUCAACUCACUGAUAGGAGAGAAGGCCUGUGGAGGGAGGAACGUAUUGGAAGAUGAGCUGAAGUGGAUGCUGGCCCAGUCGGGAGCGUUUGUGAUUGACAGCUACGAGGCCUUAUACCAGGAGGGCACGCCCAUCACGACGCCGCGUUCGGAACAGGAACAGGAAGACUACAGCGAUGACCAGUCUGAUCACUAUGACAACCACGGCGCCGAGGUGUAGUCAUGGUUACAGGGACAAAGAGACAGCAGUGUAGACUGUGAACUCUAUGACAUCAUGAAACAUUGGUGUAAACUCUGAUAUAAUAUCCCAUUCAUAAAUGUUGGCUACUGUUGACUCAUUACUCAUUAAAUCUGAUCCAGAUCAGAGGUGAUCACAGGUGUAGGUAGCUACUCAUAUUGACUCAUUACAUGAUGUGAUCCAGAUCAGAUUUAAUACAGGUGUAGGUAGACACUCAUAUUAACUUGUUACAUGAUAUGAUCCAGAUCAGAUUUAAUACUGGUGUAGGUAGACACUCAUAUUGACUCAUUACAUGAUGUGAUCCAGAUCAGAUUUAAUACUGGUGUAGGUAGCCACUCAUAUUUACUCAUUACAUGAUAUGAUCCAGAUCAGAUUUAAUACAGGUGUAGGUAGCUACUCAUUACAUGAUGUGAUCCAGAUCAGAUUUAAUACAGGUGUAGGUAGCUACUCAUUACAUGAUGUGAUCCAGAUCAGAUUUAUUACAGGUGUAGGUAGCCACUCAUAUUAACUUGUUACAUGAUGUGAUCCAGAUCAGAUUUAAUACAGGUGUAGGUAGCCACUCAUAUUAACUUGUUACAUGAUAUGAUCCAGAUCAGAUUUAAUACAGGUGUAGGUAGCUACUCAUUACAUGAUGUGAUCCAGAUCAGAUUUAAUACUGGGUUAAAUGCGGAAGACACAUUUCAGUUGAAUACAUUCAGUUGGACAACAGACUAGGUAUCCCCCCCUUUCCCUUUCCUAACUCAUAUUGAGCUCAUUUGUUGUUUUAUAAUAAGCUGUAAUAAAGUAUGUUAUAUCUUAGUUU